CCAUUACUGCCGAAUUUGAAGGUAUCAUGGAAAGGUUCAAGAUUUUUGGUUUAGUCUGGUUCGGAUACACUAAAAUUGAUUCCAAUUUGUAAUAUUUGGUUUUAAGCUAGAAAAUCUUUGAUAAAUCUAAUGAGUUUAUGAAUAAAUUUUGAUCCGGUCUCGGUUAAAAGUAAAACAUACGUCUUGGGAUAUGUUUGAAUUAUGAAGUCACCGUUAUUCUACAUACCCCCAAUAUUUUAUAAUACAGAGAUUCCAUUUUAAUCUUAGAUCAUGAUGUAUUAUUCAAAUGACAUCAUACCAAAGAAGAAAGCAUAGCUAAGCAUGCUGCUCUAAGCACACCCGUACAUACUAACAAAAAGUAUACGACAUCAACAAGACGAUACAGUUUCACAUUUAUGCAAUUAGCAUUUUGACAAUGGUGUUGUUUGAUUAGUUAGGUUAUUAACCGUAAAUCAUUUUUAAAGUAUUUAAAUAAUUACAUUUACAGCAAAUAAUUGUAUUUUCUUAUCGUAAUUUCGUGAGUAUAUAUAGUCCAUAUGGUGGUUGGUGAUUGAUUAUUAUUUCAGUAUGUAAAAAAAUGUUUUUAUGAAAUUAAAAUUUAUUGAUCUUUCUAAAGAAUGAUGGUCAUUGUGUAACUUUUUUUUGUGAGUACAUAAUCCGUCUCUGUGUAUAUGUCAUCCUAUUGCUAUAUUAUUUCGUUCAAAAACUGUAUGAGUAAUGACUAAUCAGGCAUGGAGCAUACAUAAUGGUGAUUUUUCACCAAGUUUCUGUAAAAAUACUAAUAAAAGGUUAUCUAAGUCUUGUAAAGCUUCGAAAACUUUUUCAUUUAAUUUGUAUUUUCAAACAUUUUCCAUACGAAAGAAACUCGAUGGAAGACAACUUGUUAACAUUUUCUUCAUAAAGAUUGACAAGGAGAGGAAGCUCAACUUGUAGACGAAGGUCUAUUAUUUUACCACAGUUGACUAGAACAAAUAAAAUAUCAACGAACAAAGCAAUAGAAUAAUGAUUUCGUCAAGAAAAAAAUGACUUGUGACUCAUACUUGACUGAAUUUUUGUAUCUGAAAAAUCUUUAAGUGGCUCCUCGCAAGCCUCUAUAAACAAUUUUCUACACCCUUCACCUAAUCCUAGAAACGAAGAUCGUAAACGACAAAGCCUAGUGACGUUAUUUAUAGUAAUAAACCCUAAAAGUAUAUUAAAAGGGUCCGAGCCUUGGCCACUGCAGAAUUUACAUAUGGGUUGCAGCAUCCGAGACCGAAGACCGUUACACGGUGAGCCACAUGGUGAUGUCCUGGCAGCGUCCAUGCUCACUUCAGUCUCUAGUCUGGACCACCUCGGUGGGGUCAGGAUACUCGGUUAGCAAAAAAAAAGUAUAUUAAAACUAGUUAAGAAACAAAAUAAUCGUAACGUUCCACAACAUAAUAAUAUUCUAAAUAUAUAUGGUCAGUUUCCUUUAAAUUAAUCAGAGGUUUCGUGCAACCUUCCUCGCAAGCUCGAGAGUACUAUAAGUAGAACGUAAUAAAGCAAAAUGAAACCAAACCAGAGAGCACACUAGCCAAGUCUCAAAACACACAAAAAGCUAUUUCGUGCUACACAAGCUACUAGUUUCUUGAUUUCACAAGAAACCAGGAAGAUGUUUGAAACCGGAGCAAUAUGGGGUAUAACCGGCACGACCGUAACGAGCUUUAUGUUCAUUUGGGCUAUGUACUCACAAUACGUCCCACGCCAUCUCCGAGUCACCGUGGAGAAAUACGGCUACAAGAUGGUCGGAUGGGUCUCUUUCUACGUCCACAUCAAGUUCACAGAGUACACAGAAGAAGGUCUUAAGAGAAGCGAUAACUACGACGCCAUACGCAACUAUCUAUCCACCAACUCAGCCGCUCGUGCGCAGAGGUUAAAGGCUAACGAGUCAAAAAACAGCAAGUCCUUGGUGCUUAGCAUGGACGACCACGAGGAAGUUGAAGAUGAGUUCAAUGGUGUGAAGGUGAAGUGGUAUUCUAACGUGAAAGUGACUCAGACUCAGUCUAACUAUGGUCGAACCAGCUCGGACGAGAGGAGGUUCUUCACGCUUACUUUCCAUAGGAGACAUAGAGGGAUGAUCAUUGAGACAUAUCUUAAUCAUGUGAUAGAUGAAGGCAAAGCUAUAGGGUUGAGGAAUAGAGAGAGGAAGCUUUACACUAACAACUCAAGCUCAGAGUGGUAUCCCUGGAGGUCAGGGAAGUGGAGCAAUGUCCCUUUCCAUCAUCCCGCGACAUUCGAGACUUUAGCUAUGGAUCCUGAGAAGAAAGAAAGGAUCAAGAAGGUGUGGAAGAAGAGAAGGAGAAGGCAAAGAAGUUGGCUGAGGAAGAAGAGAAGAGUAAAGCAGAGAAGGAAGAGAAGAGGAAGAAGAAGAAAGAAGAGAAGAAGAAGAUAGAGGAAGAAGAGAAGAAGAAGAAGACAGAUGAAGAAGGCCAGAAGGAGAAAGAAAAGAAAGUGAAGGGCUCGGAGGAAAACGGCAAACUUUGAGUGAAGAUCUUUCACCGAAAGUGUUGUACUUUGGCAUAGUGUUGCGAAAUGGAAAUAUUGUAAAACUUAUAAGAUUUUGUGUCUGGAAAUAAUACACAAAAAUACCAAUGGAUUAGGCUUUUUUUUUUACCGAUCAUAUCAUUACAAAAAUUUGUCCAAUCUCAUUUUGAAAAGGUUUUAUUUCUAUAUUUUCAUGUAUGAAUUAUACAUUAGGCUUCAAAAACC